AUGAUCUCCAUGCGCGUUUUUCAAUGCUCACCGAGCUUCAUCGUUCGUUCGACGAUUCGCCGGUAUUCGAUGGAUCCGUUGGAGCGGAAAAUGGCCCAGAAGCGUGCGGAAAUUGUUGCACAGCAAAGCCAGGAGGAGUCGAUGAAAUACGCGACGAAGACGGAUUUCCAGCAAGAUGUUAGAGACACUCGAAAUGCCGGCGCCGCGUCCGCUGAAACUGGACAGGUGCCGACGCGAUGGCAGCGGCGAUUCCUUGUGAUUACCAAACUUUAUCCGAGCAUUGAAUCAAUUCCGCCAUACGUUCAGUGA